GUUUCACUGAAUCAAGUACGUCCACACUUUGCCGCAAAAGACUCCUGCAACAGCCCGCCAGCACUACAAGUCGACACGCACCUUCCUGGUUGCCUAUGCCGAGAUGUUCCAGCUUCGAGCGACGCCGACGCACGCGACACCCAUUUACGAUGCGCUGUCCCAGACCAUUCCAUACUUCGUUCCGCCGUCGCUACGUGCAUCACUGCUAGAUGGCACCUCUCCCUUACUCUCCUGGCAGCCUGGCCGCACGCCCUUCAGCACCGGCACAUCGGUCCUGCUUGCAGGCGCCGGCUACCUCGCGAUAAUCUUCACCGGUCAGGCGCUUAUGCAAAAGUUCAAGGUCCAGGCUUUUAAACUCAAACAGCCCUUUGUCCUGCACAACUUCUUGCUCAGCGUGUGCAGUGGCCUGCUGCUCGCAUGCAUGCUAGAGGAGAUUUUGCCGCUCUGGAAAAGGAAUGGGUUUUACUAUGCCAUUUGCGCUGAGCAAGCAUGGACAAAGAGGAUGGAGACACUCUACAUUUUCAAUUACAUUUUCAAAUUCUGGGAACUGGGCGACACAGUCUUCCUGGUCCUCAAAAAGAAGCCGCUCGCUUUCCUACAUGUCUACCACCACUCCGCCACUGCUCUCCUCUGCUUCAGCCAGCUGUUGGGCAAGACAAGCGUCUCCUGGGUCGUUAUUACUCUCAAUCUUUUCGUACAUGUCAUUAUGUACGCUUAUUACAUGCUCACUGCCCUGCGAAUUCCCUGCCCGUGGAAGAAGGCAGUGACAAGCACGCAGAUCCUGCAAUUCGUCCUCGACCUGGGCGUUAUCUACUAUGCAAGCUACAAUUACUUUGUCAAUGCCUAUGGUUUGGGCAAGACUCUGCCCAAUCACGGAAAGUGUGCUGCUGGAAAGGAGCAUGCUGUCUGGUCUGGCUGCACAAUCCUCUCAUCGUACCUCGUCCUCUUCAUCGCUUUCUACCAAAAGACAUACAAGUCCAAGAAAGCAGCCGGCGAGGCGCACACUGCAUUCGCCAAGACUGCAAAGCAAGCGACCAGCCUUGCCGCGGAGAAGGACAUGAUCUCCGGCACCGGAGGUGCCAGCCAGCCAGCUUCUGUGGCCAAUUCCGAUGAGAAGAAGAGGAGCAGCAAGAGCAGUGGAAAUGCGUAAUAAAGCACAGCAACAAUAUUCCACAGAGCUAGGAGAGGGACGCUGCAACAUUGUCCCACUCUGCCAGAGAUCAGACAUUGUGAAUUUUUCCCCUAAAGCAAGCGAAAGUUGCCCAAACCUCAUCGCCCCAUACACGCAGUACUUUAUUAUUGCACGCCAUCCGACGACCCUCUAAUGAUGACGCACGCUGCCUGUAGAUGAGCAAU